AUGGCGGCUUUACAAGAAAAAAAGACCUGCAGUCAGAGGAUGGAAGAAUUCCAGCGUUACUGCUGGAACCCCGACACAGGGCAGAUGCUGGGACGGACUCCAUUUAGGUGGGUGUUGAUCAGCCUGUACUACGUGGGUUUCUACGUGGUGAUGACAGGGCUCUUCGCGCUGUCCAUUUACACGUUAAUGUGGACGCUCGACCCAUACACACCGGACUAUCAGGACCAAUUAAAAUCACCAGGAGUAACCUUAAGGCCAGAUGUCUAUGGGGAGAAAAGUCUGGAAAUUUUCUACAAUGUUUCUGAUAAUAAAACCUGGACCGACCUAACGUAUACUCUUCACAAAUUCCUGGAGGACUAUUCUCCGGCAGUCCAGGAAGCCAACAAAAACUGCUCUUCAGAGAAAUACUACUUCCAGGAAAGUUUUGAGGCUCCUAACCACACCAAGUUCUCCUGCAAGUUCACAGCAGAUAUGUUACAGAACUGCUCGGGUCUGACGGAUCCUAACUUUGGCUUUGAAGAAGGGAAGCCUUGCUUCAUUAUUAAAAUGAACAGGAUUGUCAAGUUUCUCCCCAGCAACAGUACCGUUCCUCCCAAAGUGGACUGCACAUUCCUAGAGGACCCCAAGGACACCCCACCCCUGGAAGUUGCAUAUUACCCACUCAACGCCACCUUCAGUCUACACUACUUCCCGUACUAUGGGAAGAAAGCUCAGCCCCAGUAUAGAAACCCUUUGGUUGCAGCAAAAUUCCUCAACGUCCCCAAGAAUACAGAAGUAACCAUCGUGUGCAGAAUCCUCGCAGAACAUGUUACCUUCGACAAUCCCCAUGAUCCAUAUGAAGGAAAAGUGGAGUUCAAACUUAAAAUUCAGAAAUAG